AGAGGAGAGUAUGAAACUUUACUGGGAAAAUAUUGUUAUUCACAGAGGAGCAAGGAAAACAUUGGAUCCCCAAUUUAUGUAUUUUUUUAUUAUUAUUAUACUAGAAAAAUGUUGAUUCCACUAUUGGCCCUGGUUGAUUUUGUAACACUGUGCGUUUCUACAGACACAUGUCCAGAGGUAAAAGUCAUUGGAGUUGGAGACUCAGACAAGCUGACUAUUAUUAGAGGAUGUCCUGGUAUUCCUGGAACUCCAGGACAGAAGGGAGAAAUGGGUGUCCCAGGUCAGAUUGGAUCACAAGGAGCAACAGGGAAAGCUGGACCCCAGGGUCUGAAAGGUGUAGCUGGUGACAAAGGAGGAAAAGGAGACAAAGGAGAAAAGGGAGAAAAGGGGGAUUCGGGAAGAACGGACAACAUCAUUGCAAGAGACUGCAAAGAGCUGCUAUAUCAAGGACAGGUCCUCAGUGACUGGUACACCAUAUACCCAGAUGGCAACACUGGACUGAAGGUGCUGUGUGACAUGCACACCGAUGGAGGAGGCUGGCUUGUCUUUCAGAAACGUAAGGAUGGCUCAGUAGAUUUCGACCGCAAGUGGAAUUCCUACAAGGCUGGGUUUGGAAGCCGUCUGAGUGAAUUCUGGUUGGGCAAUGACAAUCUUAAUGCGCUGACAUCCACAGGUACCUGGGAACUUCGCCUUGAUUUUCAAGACUUUGACAGCAAAUGGUAUUUUGCUAAGUACGCCUCCUUCAGCAUUCUUGGAGAGUCUGAAAAAUUCAGAUUAUCUUUGGGAAGCUUUACAGAAGGAGAUGCAGGAGACUCCUUUACCUACCACAACAGUCAAAAUUUUUCCACAAUCGAUCAGGACAAUGACCAGAAUGCGGGAAAUUGUGCACAGAUCUGCAAAGGCGGCUGGUGGUUUAAUAGUUGUUAUAAUGCCAACCUGAAUGGGCUCUAUCUUCUGGGGGAAUUCCAGUCCUCCCAUGGAAUCGUGUGGAAGACGGGGAAAGGAUUUAAAUACUCCUACAAGUAUAUGGAAAUGAAGAUCAGACCCCACGCAGCAUAAUACCCCGAAGAUUUCAUAGCCAGACCCAAAGAGAAAUACCCACAUCCACUAAUCUUGAGUGACUACUCUUUAUGCUUAAAAUCUGCUUUCUAAUUGGUUGGUAAAUUUGUUAGCACUCCCUAUUAAUAUUUGCUUCUUAUCAAUAAAAAGGACUGGUGUGGCCAAAAAUAAUAUUUUAUUUAAAGGAGGGGAACUAAAACUCCUAUUGGCUUCUUACAUUUUAGAAAAAUCCAUCAGUAAGCUA